AUGGACAUGCUAAGGGCAGCGGCGACGUGGCAAGAGGCAGUAGGGCUGUUCAGGGAGCUUGGGGAUGGAGUGGACAAGAGGUCGGCGGGCCUGGUGGCUCAAAUGUUCACGACCACGGUGACGCUCAUGCCGGGGCCUGUGGCGUCGCUGCCGCCGCGAGAGGCCGCAGAGGCCACGGCGGCGCUGGACGCGAUGCUCGCGGUGAUGACGUCCGGCGUGGAGAGGGUGGUGACAGUGCUGGGCAUCGGGUUGACGGGGCGCCUGGGAGCCUUGGAGGCCGGGGAGGCGUUUGACGCGGCGGCUGCGCUGGCGCUGCUCAACUACCGGCCGCCGCCCAAGGAGGCCAGCGUGCGGGCGGGAGACGAGCAGUCACCGGACCUGGUUGAGGCGCUGCAGCGGCGCAGCAUUCGGGCUUUCAAGUACCUGACGCCCAAGGACACGGCCAACGCCGUCUUCGUUCUGUCGAGGAUUGCAGCCCCUGGGAGCGUCACGGCCGAGUGGCUCAAGGGCUACAUAGACACCUCGUUUGACCACCUGCCCCACCUGCAAGGUGAGGCCCUCGUGCUCGCCGGCUACAUGCCUGCCCGCCACAACCACCUGCCGGACGCGGAGUGGCGCGCAGCCUGGAUCGGCCUGAUCGGCCAGAGCGCCGACGCGCUGCUGGGGGCGGAGUUCCCCCUCGUCCUGUUCAGCCUGGCGAAAUGGCAGCAGGUUGCGCUGCAGCAGCGGCGCGCCGGCCCUGUGGCGCCCGCGGCAGAUGACUGGCUGGGCGGCUUUGGCGGCGGGUACGGCGAUGAGGAUUACUAUGGAGGGUAUGGCGGCGGCGCGCGCCAGCCGCAGCAGGGCGGGAAGCUGCCGGCCGAGCAGCUGCCGGCCGGCUGGCUGGACGGGCUGCUGCUCGCGUCGCACCGCAGCGGCGCGCUGCGGGAGCUCGGCGCGAAGCAGCUGGGCGCCAUGCUGCGCGCGCUGGGCGCGCUGGGCGCCGCGCCCAGCGCGCCGUGGGCGUCGCGGAUGUGGGCGGCGGUCGGCCUGAAAAUCUCCGCCGCCGUCCGCGCGGGCGGGGCCGGCGCCGAGCGGGACCCGCAGGCUGCGGCGGCGGUGGCUGCGGCGCGGCCGGCGGACGUGGCUGCGUUGCUGGCGGCCUGGGCGGCGCUGCCUGCGUGCGAGAAGGUCGGCCCGCCACAGGAUAUUGCGGAUGAGGCCGUGAGCUUCGCAGACGCCGCGCUGCGCUCGGUGGCGCGCCCAGAGCUCGAGCGGGUGGCAGGGGCGCUGCAAGCCUCUGGCUGCGGCGGGGGGGUAGCGGCGCGGCUGAUAGCAGAGGCGAUCGCCGCGGCGCCCGUGCCGGCGGCGGCGGCGGCGCCAGCGGCCGGGUCGAAGCGGCCAAAGGCGCCUGCCAAAAAGGCGGCGGGGGCGCGCCGGGGCCGGCCGCCGGCGGCCAAGGUCGUGAGCGCUGCCAAGGCCGUCGGCACCCAGCUGAUCAAGCAGGCGGCGCUCGCGGCGCGCGGGCCUGUCUUUGUCAUUGGCGCCGAGGGCCAAGCAUCGCUGACGCUGGUCCGGGAGCUGGCGACAGCAGGCGUCAAGGUCGUGGCAGCGGUCUCGGACGGCGAGUUGGGUGAGGCGGUGAUCGCGUUUGCCAAGAAGUAUGAGCUCAUUCCGCCGUCCGCGGCCGGCAACGUGUCUGUGGCGGAGGUGGACCUGAAUGAUCUGGCCGCCUACAUCCCGAGCAUGGGGGCGGGAGCGGGGCACGUGUUGCAUGCAUGUUAG